GGGGCGGGAUGCGCUCCCCGGCCCCUCUAGCCCCGUGGAGGUACAACUCGAAGGUGGAGGUAGGCCGCGACAAACCGGAACAGCAGCGCGUCAAGAACCGAGGCCCCACUUCCGGGAAAGAGGGGAGUGUGCGGGAAGGGCGGGACCUGGAGCUUGGCCCGCCCUCUUCGUGACCGAGGCGUAGCGGCUCAACUCUGUGGCGUCACUGCGGUGUCAUCCUGCCCCACGUGUCUCUGACGCCGACACUUGCGCGCUGUGAGACGUCAGGACUAGUGACGUCCCGGGUGUAAGGAGACCCAUAUUUUUAACCGUAGUCUGGUUUCCCGUCGGGGACCGCAUUCAGAACUCUUCCCGUUUGGGCCGCGGAGCUGAGCCCAGCCCCGAUCCCGGACCCGUGUGGUACUGACCCUGGAGCCCACUUCACCGCAUUCUCUUUCUUUGCCUACGGCUGGAUCCCCGGGAUGCCGGGCGUCUGCGCCCGGGGUCUGUCUCACGAGGAGAGGAGACAGCUAGCUGUGAACCUCACCCGUGUCCUGGCGCUCUACCGUUCCAUCCUGGACGCCUAUAUCAUCGAAUUUUUCACAGACAACCUGUGGGGCACACUCCCUUGCUCAUGGCAGGAAGCACUGGAUGGACUGAACCCGCCACAGCUGGCUACGAUGCUGCUGGGGAUGCCUGGGGAAGGGGAGGUGGUCAGGUACAGGUCGGUGUGGCCACUCACCCUGCUAGCCCUGAAGUCCACAGCCUAUGCCCUGGCUUUUACCCGGAAACCUGGCUUUCAGACACCUUCAGAGUUCCUGGAGAACCCCAGUCAGAGCUCCCGACUGACAGCUCCCUUCCGGAAACAUGUCAGGCCCAAGAAACAGCAUGAAAUCCGGAGGCUAGGAGAGUUGGUGAAGAAGCUGAGUGACCUCACUGGCUGCACCCAGGUUGUGGACGUAGGCUCAGGCCAGGGCCAUCUCUCCCGCUUCAUGUCUCUGGGGCUGGGGCUGAUGGUGAAGAGCAUUGAAGGGGAUCAGAGACUGGUGGAGAGAGCCCAGCACCUGGAUCAGCAGCUCCUGCAGGCUCUGGAGAAAGAGGAGAAGAAGAACCCACAGGUGGUCCAAAGGGGCCCUCGACACUCCCCCCACCAUGUGGUUCAGUGGGUUGACCCCACAGCCCCGUGUGAGGAGCUUCUGCUUCCCCUGGAGAAUGCACAGCAGGGUGGCAUCCGCUUGCUGCUCACAGGCCUCCACGCCUGCGGGGAUCUGAGCGUUGCCUUGCUGAGGCACUUCUGCUGCUGCCCUGAGGUGGUGGCCCUGGCCUCAGUGGGCUGCUGCUACAUGAAACUUAGUGACCCUGGUGGUUACCCACUGAGUCAGUGGGUUGCUGGGCUGCCAGGCUAUGAAUUGCCCUACAGACUCCGGGAAGGGGCCUGCCAUGCCUUGGAGGAAUAUGCUGAGCGGCUACAGAAAGCAGGCCCUGGCCUGCGAACCCACUGCUACCGCGCAGCGCUGGAGAAAGUCAUCCGAUGUGCCUGCCCUCAACUCCGUCGUCCUGGCGUGCAGGGGAUCCCCAGAGCCCACGAGCUCAAGAUAGAAGAAUAUGUGCAGAGGGGUCUACAGAGAGUCGGGCUAGAUCCACAGCAGCCACUGAAUCUGGCUGACCUUUGGGCUCACCAAGCCCAGGAGAACCGUGUGGUGGCCUUCUUCAGCCUGGCCCUCCUGCUGGCCCCACUGGUGGAAACACUGAUUCUACUGGACCGGCUGCUCUACCUUCAGGAGCAAGGUUUCCAUGCAGAGCUCCUGCCCAUCUUUAGCCCUGAACUCUCUCCCAGAAACCUGGUUCUGAUAGCCACCAAGAUGCCCCUGGGUCAGGCCUUCUCUGCUUUGGAGACUGAAGAUGGCUGAUACAGCCUGAAGAAGGACACAUCUCAAACCUCAUCAGAAACCACUAGGUGCCAGUAUGGCCUAGUACACCUCUGACACCCAGAGAGCCAGUAUCCCACAUCCUCCCUGGAAUCCUGGCUCUGUACAUACUUCAAUUUCAUACAUGUUUUUUUUUUCUCUCUGUGUAAUGUAAGGUUAUGUGGAGUUUUACUUUUAAUUUAUUAAAAUCUGGAAGACUACUUCCCUUCCAUUUCUAUAAGUAGAAAAAAGAACAGGCAAUGCUGUCCCUGCAGAGGCGCUGAAGUGCAUCUCACACCCACCACUGCCCUUCACAACCAGUGGCCUGUGUGACCACUGCCGUUGCCUAGGGGCCUCCAUGGAAGGACCUCUCUCUCUCUCUGAUUUCCAUCCCAGAUCAUAUAGGCCGUCCC